AUUGUAACAUGAUGGCGAUUAAUCCAGAAGAAAAUGAGGAGAAUUCGAAUGGUUUGGCCAGUUCUAUUCAAGGGCUAUAUCGUUUACUCGACCUAUGCAAAGAUGAAGGGGCAAAUGGGCGUGUUGAUAAAAUCAUUAUCUCCGCAGAAUCUUUGAAAAGACUUUGCAAUGAUUUGAUGAAAGAUAGCUUCAAGUCAAUUUCAGAAAUAGAUUAUGCAAGAUUAAAUGAUAUUCGUACAACACUUGUGGGUUGCUACGGGAAUCAUACGUUAAUUGCAAAGUUUUUGUACAAAAAUAAAUUCAUUGAUGAACAAACCCAAGAUUUUCUCAUUCACUCAGAUCCAUUUGACAUUGACCGUGGCAACAGACCCGUUCUUCGUCCUGGAAUUUAUUUACUUAAAGUGGAUGAUAAUUUUGGUUUGAUAAUUCAUUGGUCUGAAUUCGGUUGUUAUGAGGAAAAUACAUCAAACCAUAAAAAGAAGAAUAUGGUAAAUUUGCACAGAUACCUUACUAAACUUACUGCUCUCCAAAUUUGUUUGAUGGCUGAAAGUGAUUUGGAAAAUUUCGAAUGGAAAUUUGACAAUAAUGGUGAUAAUGACAAUGAAAGCUCUGAUGAAGACGAUGAAGGAACUCAUUUUGAGUUUGAAGUAACAAAGAGUCAAGAAGAAAAAGAAGACUUUACCCUUUAUCCAGGAUUUCAGUUGUUGCUAAAUAGAACAGAUGUUAUUGAAUCAGCAUUUCAUCAAGCAUUUAUGACCGUGGAGACAGUGCAACCGUAUCCUAAAAUGAACAAUUAUAAUAAUCAAGAACUUUCACCCGAAUUUAUUAGCAAAAAACUCGAAGGACGUUCUCUCUGUAUAAAUGAAAAUAUAUCUAUGGAAGCUCUUAAAAAUUUAAUUAAAUAUGGGUUUCCAAAAUUGGAAGAUAAGGCUUUGGCACCUUUAAAUAAGGCGAUAGAAGAAGAAAGGGCUGAGCUAAUACGUAAAAAAGAAUGUGAAAAUCAGAAAGUACAACAAGAUGUUCUCAUAGUAGAAACGAUGCACUGGAACGAGUUAAAGAAAGAAUACAUUAAAUACGAAGAAAUUUUAUCCGAAAAUUUGUGCGACCAAGCUUCAUAUACUUCUGCAGGUAUUGUAAAAGUAUCACAAAAUCAAUCUUUAACAAAAGAUUUUGAAAGAAUUUACAAGAUAUAUCCAGAGAUGAAGAAAAAAAUCGGUGAAGCAAUAAAAAUUGAUUCAAAAGGCUGGUCGAAUCUGAGAAAAUUAUUUGAAUUUGUUAUUAUAACUUAUCAACGAGAUGCUGAUCAAAAUAAAAAUAAAAGUUCAAAUUCUACUGGAGAUGCUGAUCAAAAUAAAAAUAGAAGUUCAAAUUCUAAUGGGGAUGCUACUGGAGAUGAUGAUCAAAAUAAAAAUAAAAGUUCAAAUUCUACUGGAGAUGCUGAUCAAAACAAAAAUAAAAGUUCAAAUUCUACUGAAGAUAAGAAUGAAACAAAUCAUACUGACAAUGAAGCAAAUUCCUCUAUAACUAAUCAACACAGUUUUGUUAAAAGUAGAGAUGAAGUGACUAAAGCUUUACUUAGUAUAAUUGAGUCUAAUCAAAAUUCUCACAAUUUUGAUUUUCAUAAAUGCACAAAAACUUUUCUUGAAAAACAGGAUGAUGCAAAUUUAUCCACAUUACGAAAAUUAUACAAUUUUGGUCGCAAUCUACUAAACUUCGAUUAUUCUAAAAGCAAUAAAAUUGAAUCAGAUGUGGAAAGUAGAAUUAAACAAAAGCCUGAUGCGAUUUUUAUUCAGGAACUUUAUGAAUUCGAUUUUGGAAAUCAUGAACAGAAGGAUAAAAUUGUGAAUUGGUUUUUUGACGAAUAUUCAAAUUGGAGGAAAGACUUUGAAAAAAAAAUAAACAAGAAUAAACCAAAAGUCUCAGAUCGGAUAAAUAAAAUUAACUUAGAGUUGACUAAUAUUAGUAACCAAAAUAUACAACAAAUUGAAAAAAAUGAAAUUAUUAGAAUUCGUACGGACCUUGAAAAUCGAUACCCUAAAGAGAGGCCUACUUUUAAAGCUAAUAAUGGAUCUAAGGAUUGUAACCAUAAAAUUUUAUAUGAACUUGAAGAAAUUCAGCCAGAACAAUUGCAAUAUACAAUCUAUAAUACAGAUCUCGAUGAAAGUGAUAAUUUGAGUUUGCGAGCGGAUGAGCAACAUAUUCCCAAUCCAAAAAUCGACAAUGUAAAUGGUUUAUUCUUUCGAAUCGAUCCACAAACUUAUGAAUUAAGGAAAAUUGCGCUGUUUGAAAAUAGAAAAUAUUUUAUCGCUUUAUGGAAUAAUCAUCACUCACGGCUUGAAAUUUAUUUUAACACUUUAAAGCAAUAUGGCAAUGAUAUUCAAUUAUUGUCUCAAAGAUCAUUCAGUUUAUAUCCAAAUAAAAAUUGUCUUAUUGCUAUAAAUGAACCAAGAGGAAUGUUUGGAAUAUACGAUAUCGAAAAGGGAGAGUUACAUGUUUAUGAGCUCUAUGAAAAUCAAACUGGUUUUUAUAAAAGAGCCAAUGACAUUUUAAUUUAUGCAUGGUAUGGUAACAGUAAACCAGAUAUAAAAUUUUUCUUUUUUAUUAAAGAUAAAGAGGAGCUUUGUUUUGUUGAAACUAACGGCCAAGCAAGAGUUUACAAUUUGAUCACCAAUCAAUUCCUACCUGGCACAGCUAAAUUUCCAACGAAUGCAGAAAAUAUUAUUAGCACGCCAGAUGGGUCUUGUAUUGUUGCUUUUGUUAAGGGUAUCACAGCUGACAAAAUUAUUAAUCAUUUGUCGAAUAACGAAGAUAAUUUGAGUGAAGACGAAGACGAUGUCAUAGAAGACGAUGCUAGAGAAGAAAAUGUUAGCAAAGAUGAUGUCAGCAAAGACGAUGUCAGUAAAGACGAUGUCAUCGAAGACGAUGUCAGCAAAGAUGAUGUUAGCAAAUAUGGUGCUAGCAAAGAUGAUUCUGAAGAAUCCAGCACAAAAGUUGAGCGAAUAAUUGAAAAGUCAAUGGAUCAUGCAUACAUUUAUUUUUGCACUAGUUUUGGAAAACCGGCUAGUAAAGUAAUUUCAAUACCGCCGAUAUUAACAUCGUUAGAAUCUAUUCAGUUUUCAAGCAUUAGAAAUUUGCAAAUUCACCUCUCAAUGAUUGAUUUGAAUUCUUCUACAUUUCGGUCGAUGAUUGUUAAGAUUACUCAAGAGAAAACACAAUAUUGUUUUCAACAAAAGUUUAAAAAAAGAUCACUUGGAAUGAUCAAAGUGGUUUCUCAAAAUCAAGAGUAUUCACUUCUGGAAGGAAAAGAUACAUUAUUUAAACGUGACAUUAAGGAGGGAGAAAAUUUGGUUAUUAUGGGGGAAAAAAGACCCGUUAUAAGGAUAGCUUCCGACACACAAUUAAAAGUUUCCGGAUCUUUUCAAAAUAUUAUCGGUUUUGAUUCUUGGAUGGAAUUUCGUGUCGAACCUAAAACCAUGCUCAACGGCUUUAUUGACGCAUAUAAAUUGAUGUUCGAAAAAUACCCUAUUGAUAAUUUUAUUGACCCUGACCAAAAUUCUACGUUAAGUUUACAAAUAGUGUUGGAUGUGGACGAUGACAAUGUGAUUCAGGAUUACGAACAUAAAUUUAAAGAUUACAUAUCCAAGAUGUUCGAAGAAUUAGCAGUAUCUACAAAAAAACCUGCAACAUCUCUAAAAAGAUUUAACGUAUCAGUUACAUCCUUUGAGAAUCUUGAUCUUGGAAGUUUGAAGGAAGACACUGUUAGAGUUCAAUUUGGUUCAUGGGUGAUUCAACUUUGCGUUCUUAUACCAAUACAAAUUGCCGUUGCCAGAAAUAAUAUAUUUCAGCCACUUAAAGAUGGAUUAUCAGCUUUUGAUGCGGAAUCUACAGAUCCAGAAGCGUUUUUUGGAUGGUACGAAGGAAUUUUUAAACACUUUGGAGACCUGCCUGUCAAGGUAGUUUCAAGCAUGGGGGAACAAUAUAUGCUAAAUCAUUUGGUCGGAACAACAUUCGAUGGCUCUGCAAUGCGUUGUACUGAAGGUGUAUGGAUGUCACUGGGUAAUGCGAUUACAAAAAAAUGCAUUUAUGUUGCUUUGGAUUUCGAAGGGCUUAAUUCUAUUGAACGAUCACCACAAGAGGAUACAUUCUUGACAUUAUUCAAUACGGUGGUAUCAAAUCUUAUUCUUUUCAAGAAUCAAUUUGCUGUCAACAGAGACAUGUCGACGAUGUUUAGGAGAUUUCAAGAUGGCGCUUCAUUACUAAAUGACUCAAAGAUAUUUCAGGCAAUGCUUUGCAUUAUAAUAAAAGAUGUACCUAUUCAAGAUCGUGAAGGAAUAGUUUCGGAAUUUUCUUUGAGAUUCAAAUCAAUUGUUAUGCAGGAGGGUGAAGACAAUUUUGUAUCAAAGAUGUAUCCAAGUGGUCUAAGCAUUGACCCUUGGCCGAUUUUUAAUGACCCAGCUUGGUUUAAAAGUUUGAAAAAUAUUAAGAAGGUUUUAGAUAAGCAAAAGGCAAGAUACAAAAAUGCGCGCACCUUUUUGCAAAAUACAAAAGUAUUUAUGGCGAAGUUAAAGAUAUGUGAUUGGGGUUCAUUAGAUGAGAAUCUUGUGCAAAUCCGUGUAGCUACAAUGAAAAGAUUGCUAAAACCUGCUAUUUCAUAUGGUGUUGAGGAAAAACAUGAAAAAAAUAACUCAGUCGAAUUGUUGAAUCGGGAUACUGGAGAAAUGAUUCCCGAUAAUAUUGUUAAGUUAUCUGAAAUUUUUGAUGACAUCAAAGAUGAAACCGAAUUUUUUCCAGAUUCAGGUCUUCUUUUAUUCGAUGAGGAUACCAGUUUUGUAUCAUUGUCUGCUACUUUACAGUUAUAUUUUGAAGAAAAUAUUCUAGAUCGUAAAGAAUGUUCUGAUGAUGCUGAAUGGUUCAAUAAGUUGUUUCAAUUCUUUAAUUAUAUUGUUAAACGGCGAGUGGAUCGGGUAAACGAAUGGUAUCAACAAAACACGGAAAAGUUUUCACCUGAUAACAUUGAUAUAAAAGAUGGAAAAUAUGUUUUAGAUCAGGCAAUAAAUCAACUUUCAUUGUUAUGGACAUUAUGUGGACUUUCUUGUCAAAAAUGUAAUUUGAAAUGUUUAAAAAACCGACACCAUGAAGAAGCACAUGAUUGUUUGACCGAUCACAAAUGCCAUGCUAAAUGUGAAUUUGAAGAAUCACAUCCAAACAGAUUGCUUCCACAAUGUCAUCACAGAGCUGGUCAUGAUGGAAAACAUGCGUGCGAAGCAAAACUAUGUGUUUUCAGUGACAAACGUAAUUGUCAGCAGAAAUGCGCACUGGAGGUUGGUCACGCUGGUGAUGAACAUCUCUGCCAAUCAAAACGUCAUUUCUGUGGGGCUCCGUGCUCCUUACAAGUUAAAUUAGAACAAACAGGAAAAGACAAUUACUUUAAAUGUCCUAACAAAUGUAUUAUUCCAUGUGAAGAUGAACAUGAAAGACAUAAAUGUGAGAAUGAUACAGCAUGUCCAAUCCAAUGCCCAAUUCUCGAUUGUCAACGUAGAUGUCAAAGCAAUGAUCAUUUUCACGCUUUUGAAGACAAUGUUCAACAUUUUUGCGGCAAUGAACAUCAGUGCCAAGAGCUAUGUGAAGAAGCAGGAAUCUGCAAAGUUUCAACAGAACCUAAAAAACAGGAGGAAACAUAUCAAGGAUUAGUAGCAGAAACUUCUUUCACUUUUACCAAAUAUAUCCAAUCAUGUGAAAGAUAUAAAUGCGGAAAAAUGAUCCCAGCCGGUGCUUUUAAACAUGAAGGAAACCAUUCUCAUGGAGGAAAUAAUUUUCAUUAUUGUGAUGCUAAAUGUCCAUUCUGCGAAUAUUAUUGUAUUUUACCGUAUGGACAUCCACAACCAUUACACGACACUAAGCACGGAAAUAUGAUACAAACUGAGUUUUCCGCAGAAGAAACUGAUUUUAAAUAUGGAGGGACUAGAGUUAGGGUUAUCCUGAUUUUAGUUGUGUGUUGGCCUAGAGCUAGUUGUCAGGGAAAUGAUUAUUGUAAAGAUGAAUUUUCAUGCACACCUAAUGCCCAUAAACAACAUAUUGAAGGUGUCGUUCACCCUAAUCCAGAAAAAAAGAAAGAUUUCAUUUCUCAUUCACUUUAUUGGCAAUAUACAGGCUUUAAAGAUCCUUAUUCAAUUAAUGAGCAAGAAGAAUUUUCAAAGUGCGACGCUGAAUGUCCAGAUGAAAUACAUCAGAAAGUGAAAGGAUCUAAUGUAGCACCUAUAAAAUCAUUCUGUGAAUUACAAUUAUUUCAUCCUCCUAUUAAUCCGUCUAAUGUUCCACCAAGUGGUAUUGGUUAUAUUUCACUCGAUGGACAUCACUUUACAUGUGAAAAUCCUUCAACAAGGGAAGGAUUAUUUCAUAUUAUUUUUGUCCUAGAUAGAUCUAGUUCUAUGAGAGAUACUGAUAAAAAGCCAUUACCAAACACACCUGUUUAUAAUCAAUUACGAGUUCAUGAUAAUAGGGCAGGUGCUGUUUACAGUGCAGUUUAUGCUUUUAUGGAAGCAAGGAUUGCAGCAAAAUCACAGCAGCAAACUGCAAAUAAUGAUAAAUUUUCAUUGAUUCUUUUCAAUAAUGAACUAAUUGUUCCAUUUGAGAAUGCAGAAUUAACAAAUUCUAAUGAGUUAUUAAAACAAAUGCUACCACAUGGUGCAACAGGAGGAACGAAUUUUAGUCUUGCAAUCCAAAAAGCAGGAAGUUUAAUUAAUACAUAUUAUGAUAAAGCUAGAAAUCCAUUAUAUCUUAUGACGGUCAUGUUUGCUAAUUCUGAUGGUGCCUCUUUAAAACAAAUGGCUAAAAUUGCGAGCAAAUAUCAUCCAGAAAAUGGUUCUACAAAUUCUUUGCGGUGUCAUUUUACAUGUGCUAUUGAUGAAAUUAAUUUGAUUAAUACUUUUACUAGUGUAGCCGAAAGUAUGAGAACGCAUAGGCCUACAUUAGUGAAAAAGAUGCCGACGAAUUGUUAUUAG